AUGGAUUUUGUACAAAAUCUCUCAGUUCUAUCAAGAGGUUCGUUAGACGAAAAACUAAGAUGGGCGUUUUCUUUGUAUGAUAUUAAUGGAGAUGGAUGUAUUACUCGCGAAGAAAUGACUGAUAUCGUAACCGCCAUUUACGAUCUUAUGGGAAAACUAGCAGAGCCUUGUAUCGAAGAAGAUACCGUCAAAGAUAAAGUUGAUAGGAUAUUUCAAGCAUAUGGUGGCAAACAGUCUACGUUAACAUUUUUUAUGUACUUCAUAUGGGACAUUUGUUGGUUACAGUUUUUAGUUUCAGCAUUAUCAGAGGAGGAAUUAUUAGAGUUGCUCAAUAACUCAGAUGCAUCGGAUGAUGACUUUUCAAGUGAUGACUAUGACAAUGAUCCAGAUAUCGAAAAUAAAAACGACAUAUCCAGUUUUGAUGAAGCAGGAACUAAUUCCGAAUAUAUAUCUAUAUCUAUGUAG